AUGGCAGCUUCGACGCAGGAGACAGCUCCGCAUUCUAGAACGCUCGACUAUGGCAGGUUGAGUUCGUUGAACAGGAGGAAAGCUGCGGGGAAAGGCGACCUGGCAAAGCUCAUAUGGUGCUUCAUCGGCGUGGUGGGCACGCUCAUCAUCUACGGCAUUGGCCAGGAGCGGAUAAUGAAGUUCCCCUACGGUGAUAGGGACGAGGACUCGGAGUACUUCCAGCACUCGCUCUUCAUCGUGCUCUGUAACCGCCUCAUGACGUGCGCUGUGGCAGUCAUCGUGCACCUGGUGAGUCAGUCAGCAGUACCCUUUGAGUCGACUCUUUAA